UGCACCGAAUCAGCUGCUGUUUGCACACAACAGGAAGACUGGACAUAGCAAAGAGCAGCAGACUGCAGCCAAGUCAACAUGGAUAAAGAGCCCGUUGUCAUCGUCUCUGCCGCGCGGACACCAAUUGGGUCCUUGAAUGGUUCUCUGUCCACGGUGCCUUUGCAUGAUCUAUGUUCCGUGGUGAUUAAGGAUGUCCUGAAGCGGGCUGCAGUGAAGCCAGAAGACGUGUCCGAGGUCAUUUUGGGGCACGUCCUGACGGCAGGUCACGGGCAGAAUCCGGCGCGUCAGGCCAGUGUCGGUGCAGGCAUCCCCUUCUCGGUCCCGGCGUGGAGCUGCCAGAUGGUGUGCGGUUCUGGGCUGAAAGCUGUCUGUUUGGGGGCUCAGUCCAUCCAGACCGGAGAGUCCGCUGUGGUGGUGGCAGGAGGCAUGGAGAGUAUGAGCAGGGCUCCUCACACACUGAACAUGCGGGCAGGAGUGAAAAUGGGCGACGCCUCCCUGCAGGACUCAAUGGUAGCCGACGGUUUGACCGACGCCUUUCAUGGCUACCAUAUGGGCAUCACAGCCGAGAAUGUGGCCAAGCAGUGGGACGUCAGUCGAGAAGCGCAGGACGUGUUUGCCGUCCGGUCGCAGAAUAAGGUGGAAGCGGCUCAGAAAGCGGGAUACUUCCUUCAGGAGAUUGUCCCAGUUGUGGUUCCGUCCAGGAAAGGCGCGGUGGAAGUGAAAGUGGACGAGUUCCCUCGCCACGGCAGCCAUCUUGAGAGCAUGUCCAAGCUCAGGCCGUGCUUCGUGAAAGACGCUAGCGGCACCGUCACCGCCGGCAACGCCUCAGGUAUCAAUGACGGCGCGGCCGCCGUCGUACUCAUGAGCCAAUCGGAGGCCUCAAAGCGAGGCCUCAAAGCCAUGGCCCGGAUUGUGUCGUGGGCUCAAGCUGGGCUCGACCCGUCCGUCAUGGGCACUGGGCCCAUACCCGCCAUCAGGAAAGCGGUGGAGAAGGCAGGGUGGCAACCGGACCAGGUUGAUCUCUUUGAGAUCAACGAGGCCUUCGCCGCACAGUCCAUUGCCGUAGUUAAAGAGCUUGGCUUGCAAGAAGAAAAGGUGAACGUGAACGGCGGCGCCAUCUCACUGGGUCAUCCCAUCGGCAUGUCGGGCUGCAGGAUUCUGGUGACGCUGCUGCACGCGCUCCAGAGGACCGGCGGUCGGACAGGCGUGGCGUCCCUGUGCAUCGGCGGAGGGAUGGGCAUCGCCAUGUGUGUGGAGAGGCUCUGAUGUCACAUUGUUUACACUUCAAGAUUGCUCAAUGUGGUGAGUUUGGACCGCAACCUUAUCAAAUGUGAUGGCAAGUAGCAGCCCCCUCACUAAUAGAGCUGAAUAAAUGUCCCUAGGUGCGUAAUUACUAACACUUAAGAACUUUAGAUGUUCUCUCUAAGAGAGUAUGGUCGCUUGUAACUCAACAUUCCAUAGGAAUGGACUCUAGAAGAACGAUAUGUGCCAUAAGAUGAGGUUAUGUGAAUAUUCAUCUAAGACGGAACCAAUGACAGAAUUAGUCCUCCAUUUUAGCACGUGUGCACGAUUUGUGAAUGUGGGCACAUUGCAAAACACGUCAUAUUGUUAAGUUGUUUAUUAAAGAACAGUUCCGAUACCAAAAUGAUCACAUUUGAAAACAGCCACAUUGCUGGUUCCUUGGAAUCCUAUACAAUGUAAAAAA